AUGCGCGCACGCUGGGCCUCUCUCCAGGGUGGCUUCAGCUUCACUAUGCUUUUGCAAUACAUCGACCUUGCGUUGAUAUCCAAACGCAGCCAUGCCAACCACAGUUCCGACAAGGACGUCGACACCCCAUCAACACUAUGGCAAAGGUUCAAAACCGGUUGGAACGCCAUGUGGUCAUUCCGCCGCAUCAACACCCCCUCAGAAGCGAAGAACGUCCCGCACUUCUCAUCGACCGAUCCGAUUUAUACUCCUCCGCGCUCAACGUUUAUCCUUCGGCAAGCGCUCAAUGCUGCAGUACGCUAUCUCGUCCUCGAUCUCCUCGCGCAGCGAAAACCACCGAGUGAUCCCCAGUCCCUCUUUCAUCCGUCCCUGAUCCCGUUCUUCACGAGAUUAGGCAGUGUCACGCUGCCACAGAUCAAGCUCAGAGUGCUCUCCAUCGCAGGCUUCGCUGUAACGUUUUAUUGCAUCAUCCAAGGCUUCACAUCCUUCGCAGCUGCUCUCGCACUCGGUUGCGGACUGUCGGACGUCAAGGAUUGGCGACCUGCCUUCGGGUCUGUAUCCUCCGCUUAUUCAUUGAAGAACGUGUGGGGGUAA